AAUUAGUCGUAGUUCUUGCGAUAUCGUCCAUUUUCUUUUGGCCAUCUUACGUACGAUCGCGGUAUUGUGCGUUGCACUUGUUUUUGUAUUACAAUUAAAAAAAUCUAAAUCUUUUAAAUUAUAUAUAAAUCGUUAUAAACCGUACGUUUUAUAAUUCUAAAAUAGUUCUUUCGACUCGCGUAUAUUUAUUUGUCGUGUGCUAAUGCGUGGAAUUUCAGAAAAUUCUCCAACUCGCGCAAUGGCGGAGGAAUUGGAUGUCGAAGCGAUGCUGGAAGCACCAUAUAGAAAAGGGAUGGAGCAGGACUCCUCCUCCAAAGACAAGUCCUCCAAGGAAAAUGAGUCUAGUCGCAAAUCAUCUGGAAAGAGCAAACAUCGAUCUCGUUCCCGUUCACGAUCUCGCGAUCGUCGAGAUAAAGACCGCCGCGAUCGUGACAGAGACAGGGACAGGGACAGGGAUAGGGACAGAGACAGGGAUAGGGACAGAGAUCGCGAGAGGGACCGGGAUAGAGAUCGUGACCGCGAUCGUGAUCGCGAACGCAGACGAAGAUCGCGAUCGAGAGAUCGACGUGAUCGUGACAGAGACAGAGAUGGCGAUAGAGACCGAGAUCGAAGAGACAGAGAUAGAAGAAGAAAAAGAUCUCUUACUCCAAUUACAUUACCCAGAGCUCGACCAUCUUUUGGUAAAGGUGUUAGCCCUCUUGGAAUCAGAAACGACGAGUUGACGCCUGAAGAGCGAGAUGCUCGUACAGUAUUCUGUAUGCAGCUUAGUCAACGAAUACGUGCACGUGAUUUAGAAGAAUUUUUCUCUAGUGUUGGCAAAGUUCAAGAUGUCAGGCUCAUUACAUGUAACAAGACCAGACGAUUCAAAGGGAUUGCGUAUGUCGAAUUUAAAGAUCCCGAGAGCGUUACACUUGCGCUUGGACUAUCAGGCCAAAAGUUACUUGGUGUUCCUAUAGUAGUACAACACACUCAAGCAGAGAAAAAUCGCAUGGGUAAUUCUAUGCCAAAUUUAAUGCCUAAAGGGCAAACAGGACCUAUGAGAUUAUAUGUAGGUUCUCUUCACUUUAAUAUAACAGAAGAAAUGCUUCGUGGGAUUUUUGAACCCUUUGGAAAAAUUGAUAAUAUUCAAUUAAUUAUGGAUCCUGAAACUGGUAGAAGUAAAGGUUAUGGUUUUUUGACGUUUAGGAAUGCAGAUGAUGCUAAGAAAGCCUUAGAGCAAUUAAAUGGUUUUGAACUAGCUGGUAGACCAAUGAAAGUUGGAAAUGUUACGGAACGUACAGACUUAAUUCAGGGUCCCUCACUUUUGGACACAGAUGAAUUAGAUCGAAGUGGUAUUGACCUUGGUGCAACUGGCAGAUUACAAUUGAUGUUCAAAUUGGCCGAAGGUACUGGUCUUGAAAUUCCUCCUGCAGCAGCAAAUGCUUUAAAUAUGGCACCUGUUAUUUCUGCUCCACCACCACCACCACAAGCUGCCCCACCAAUUGCGACACAAUGUUUUAUGCUUUCAAACAUGUUCGACCCACAAAACGAAACAAAUCCAAAUUGGGCAAAAGAAAUACGUGAUGAUGUAAUAGAAGAAUGCAAUAAGCAUGGCGGUGUACUACACGUAUAUGUGGAUCAAGCUUCUCCACAGGGAAAUGUUUAUGUUAAAUGCCCAUCAAUAGCAACGGCAGUUGCUGCGGUCAAUUCAUUACAUGGCCGAUGGUUUGCUGGUCGAGUUAUAACCGCUGCUUAUGUACCGGUUGUAAAUUAUCAUUCUCUCUUCCCAGAUGCUAUGACUGCUAUUCAAUUAUUAGUCCCAACUGCACCUCGACGAGGAAUAUGAUCUCAAAUGAAUCAGACCAUUUAAAAUGUACAUUUUUUGUAGCAUUACAAUGAUUGUGCUGGUAUCCUCCUCCUCUUUCCCUUAAAAAAGUAUCCUUUUCCUCUUUCCCUUAAAAAAAAAAAGAAAAAAAAAAAAGAAAAACGUUUUUUAAUAUUAAGUAUAUUAAAUUAAGUAUCAUUUGUGUUUAAUUGUAUAAUAUUUUUGUGCACAACAAUAUUUCUCAUAUUUUAGAAAAUCACAAUAUAUAAGGGCCCUAUUUCUUUGUUUAUUCUCUUUAUUUUGUUACUAGCAACAGCUGUGUACAGAGUAAUAGGAUCUAAUACAAAACAACUUGUACGUAUUAUUGCGUUAAUCUGGAAAUAUAGCAUUUAAAUUUAAAACUCAA